UUACCUUCAAUUACUGUGGAUUUAUGAUAAACUAACAUAGAUUUAUCAUUUAUAUUGGCACGUUUUUUUUUUUAAUUAACAAAGGUUGAUAGGAAAUUAACAAGUUUUUUUUGCAAGGUAAAAUGGAUUCAUGUUAACAUGGAGCUAUCAUAAAUACGGAUUCAACGUGAAUUACCGUGGCUCGACCGUAAAUGAACGUGCUAUUUUUUUAAAUCUCAAAUGAACAUGGAUUUAUUGUAAUAUGAUAAUUGCUUGCUGGCUGCAAGAAUAACAACAUUGUAACUCCUUCAAGGACACACACACAUAGAAGAACAAAGAGGAUUUCACGUACUAGCAUUCACAAUAUUCACAAAAUUAUCUACAGUGACGCCAUUGAUUUUCAAAUUAGCGUGGAUUUCUCCUCAGCUAGCAUGUUUUAGUAAUGGGUGUUCCCGACCGGAAGUACACUGGAACACGCUCUUGUUAGGAAAAGGCACGGAGCGAGUGUUUCCGGUUCCGCCUCCCCCCUCGCUAGCUUGACGGUGGCUCCCUCUCUCCCCGUGUCCCUCUCUCCGGUUCUCGGGUUCUUGGCGAACUCUUCCAACCUGACACCAGAACGCGUCCGGCGGCUGAGGGGGGCUCGCAAGCUGGCGGGGGUUGGCUCAGUCCUCUCUAACUUUACUCCCCCCCCCCCUCGCCACUUCAUUCAUUUCAACUUCCCCCUGCCUCAUUGUGGACUUAUACAUUAUUAUUCUUUUUUGUUGUUGUUGUUGUUUUGUUCUGGGAACAAUUUCAAAUGUUUUGGAGUGAGCCUGCGUGAGGCGACGGGGGGCUUCAUGGAGCACCGCGGCUCCCGGGGGAGCUCCGGGCGCGCAGCCGACCCGCAGUGACCGAUGGACGGACGCUGCUGCCCGGUGGUAUAUGUCAUGACAGACCCCCCGGAGCCGGACCUGCACGAUGGGGGACCCUCACCGGAGGACAGCGACCGGGACCAGGAGGCCGGGGACAGGGUGGACGUGUCGGUGGAGCGGGAGAGCCAACGGAGGGGUGACAAAGAGGAGGAAGAGAAGGGGGCCAAAGUUGAGGAAGAGGAGCUGCCGUACCCCUCGCUAGCCCCCGUGGUUCUGUUGGCGCUGAGCCAGACCACUCCACCCCGGUCCUGGUGCUUACGAGCUGUAUGCCACCCAUGGUUUGAGCGCGUCAGCAUCUUGGCCAUUCUGCUCAACUGCGUGACGCUGGGGAUGUUCCAGCCUUGUGAUGACACGCACUUCCUGUUGCAGGCGCUGGACGACGGCAUCUUUGUGUUCUUCGCGGGGGAGAUGCUGGUCAAGAUGGUGGCUCUGGGGAUCAUCGGUCACAACGGUUACCUAGGAGACACAUGGAACCGACUGGACUUCUUCAUUGUCAUCGUGGGGAUGUUGGAGUACUCGCUGGACGGACACAAUCUAAGCCUGUCGGCAAUUCGCACUGUGCGUGUCCUUCGCCCACUCAGGGCCAUCAACAGGGUUCCCAGCAUGCGGAUCCUGGUAACGCUCCUGCUGGACACGCUUCCCAUGCUAGGCAACGUGCUGGCGCUCUGCUUCUUCGUCUUCUUCAUCUUCGGCAUCGUGGGGGUGCAGCUUUGGGCGGGUCUCCUGAGGAACCGCUGCUUCAUGGGGGAGGAUGUCAAGACGAGGUACAACAUCUCCUUCCUGAGCAUUUACUACCGUCCGGGCGGCACGGAGGACCACCCGUUCAUCUGCUCGGCAGAACGCGACAACGGCUUGCUGCGCUGUUCCGACGUGCCCCGACGCCGGGUGGCCGGGACGUCCUGCUACCUGGGGGUGGAGGACGCCCGUCACGCGAGGGCGGCGGCGCCGGCGGGGGAAGGGGGUGGAGUGUCAUGCGUCAACUGGUACCAGUACUACAACGAGUGUCGUGCCGGCGAGUUGAACCCGCACAAGGGAGCCAUCAACUUUGACAACAUUGGAUAUGCAUGGAUUGCCAUUUUUCAGGUAAUUACCCUGGAAGGCUGGGUGGACAUCAUGUAUUACGUAAUGGAUGCCCACUCUUUCUACAACUUCAUCUACUUCAUCUUCCUCAUUAUAGUGGGCUCCUUUUUCAUGAUCAACCUGUGCCUGGUGGUCAUAGCCACCCAGUUCUCAGAGACCAAGCAACGAGAGCACGCCCUGAUGAAGUCGGAGCAGCGGGCCCGCCAGCUCCACCAGUCGGCGUCCACCCUGGCCAGCGACAGCCAACCGGGAAGCUGCUACGAGGAGAUCAUCCGCUACCUGGCGCACUUGGGGCGCAAAGCGUUCCGCCGUCUCUCCCGACUAGUCGCCCGGGGCGCCGGCGGCCUCUGUUGCGCCUGCGCGAUACGCCGCCGGGAUCGCGGCGUCGCUGAGGUGAACGGGCUGGCGCACCGGCAUUCGGGUCACGUCGCCGGGGACCUGUCGCACCUUCAUCAGAUGUAUCAUCAGCGACAUCCGCCGCCGCCGGUACCGGAGCGUCGCCUGAGUAACGGCGGCUUUAAUUAUCCAGUCAUAUCGCCGCUCCUCACUCACCUGGAUGCCAAAAGUCUGCAUCACAAGCGAUCGGUCACCAUGGAGACCGUCAACAGGCUGCCACAGCUCGCGCUGGAACACGGCGAUUGCACGGCUCAGCCGGCGUUACCGUUGCCGGGCGAAGUCCCCGUGGAGUCGUCAGCCUGUCCGUACUGCAGCUACUACAACCAACUGUGCGACCCCCAAAACCAGGCUGCUGAUGAGCAUCAUCAUCAUCAUCAUCAGCGAAGCCCCGUGGGCAGCCCCCCGCUGCCGCCGCCGCCGCAUUGCAAGAGCCCGCCGGGACCCCGCGGCGACCCCCGCCUCCGCCCGGGCGAGGGGCGUGUGUGGCCCCUGUGGCGGGCGUGCAUCGGAUGCUGGGCUGAACUCAGGGCCAAGCUGGAGCUCAUUGUGGGCAGCAGAUAUUUCAACAGAGGCAUCAUGAUUGCGAUUCUCAUCAACACGCUCUCCAUGGGCAUCGAGUAUCAUGAGCAGCCGCAGGAGCUGACGGACAUUUUGGAGAUCAGCAACAUGGUGUUCACGAGUCUCUUCAGCCUGGAGAUGGUGCUGAAAGUCCUGGCCCUCGGCCUCUUCGGCUACAUCAAGAACCCUUACAACGGCUUCGACAGCGUCAUCGUCAUCAUCAGCGUGUGGGAGAUCGCGGGCGAGGCGGAGGGAGGUUUGUCCGUGCUGCGUACCUUCCGUCUGCUACGGGUUCUGAAGCUGGUGCGCUUCCUGCCGGCCCUGAGGAGGCAGCUGGUGGUGCUGAUGAAGACCAUGGACAACGUGGCCACCUUCUGCAUGCUGCUCAUGCUCUUUAUUUUCAUCUUCAGUAUCUUGGGGAUGCAUUUGUUUGGAUGUAAAUUUGGCUUGCGGCAAGACAGCGGAGACACGCUACCCGACAGAAAGAACUUCGACUCACUGCUUUGGGCCACAGUCACCGUUUUCCAGAUCCUGACUCAGGAGGAUUGGAACGCCGUACUGUACAACGGCAUGGCGUCCACCACGCCGCUCGCCGCCCUCUACUUUGUAGCCCUCAUGACCUUCGGCAACUACGUCCUCUUCAACUUGCUGGUGGCCAUUUUGGUUGAGGGCUUCCAGGCAGAAGGCGAUGCCAGCCGAUCGGAGUCGGACGACGAGGGGCAGUCGCUGUCUUACGACGAAGAGGAGAAGCUGAGGGAGUUGUACGCAGCAGAGCUGAAGAUCCAGGCCAUGAUCAACAGCCCGAACGGUCUCCUGAACCCCAGGGCCUCCAGACCACCGCCCCUUUCCCUGCCAGUCAUCACGCACACGGCAGCCACUCCCACCAUCAUCUACGGCCAAUCGCGGCGUGCUAGCGCCACCUCCAUAUUAGACAGCCUUGAGCAGCAGAGGUCACCGCCUCCGUGGGACAGCGUCCCCGAGAGCCGCCGCUCCAGCUGGACCAGCCUGGGCCGAGCCCCCAGCAUUCACCGUAGGAGCCAAUCGGGGGAGAUGGAGUCGCUCUUGUCCGACUGCUACAGCGGUUCCGACGCCGGCAGCAGAGAGGCGUCCGUGGACACGCCCGACUACCUGCAGGUGCCUGCGCUGCACACGCCCGAUUGCAACGGGGCCGCCGCCUUCCACCUGCCCGACCACGCCUACGACGACGCGCUUCAAACGUCGCUCUACCACACUCAGCAGGAGGAUGAGGAUUUGGAGGAGACCUUGUACCAGAAACUGAGGAAACUGCUGGAACCCUACAAGCCUCAGUGGUGCAUGGAGCACGACGAUUGGUCGCUCUACGUGUUCGCUCCACACAACCGCUUCAGGCUGUGGUGCCAGAAGACCAUUGGACACAAGAUGUUCGAUCACAUCAUCUUGCUAUUUAUUUUCCUUAACUGCAUCACCAUCGCGCUGGAGAGGCCCGACAUUCAGCCACAUAGCAUGGAGCGAGUGUUCCUCAGCGUGUCCAAUUACAUCUUCACUGUGAUCUUUGUCGGCGAAAUGAUGAUCAAGGUGGUGGCGAUGGGCAUGUACUUUGGCCACGGUGUGUAUCUGCAGAGUAGCUGGAACGUCCUGGAUGGAGUCCUGGUGUUUGUAUCCUUGGUGGACAUCCUGGUGUCGGUGGCGUCGGCCGGCGGGAAUCGAAUCCUGGGCAUCCUACGCGUGCUGCGGCUGCUGCGCACUUUGCGACCGCUCAGGAGACGUGAUGCUAACAUACACAGGACUGAAUUAAAACUCCUUCCAUGGGCUCUACUGAGCUAUCAUUUUGAGGUCAUCAGUCGGGCUCCGGGUCUGAAACUGGUGGUUGAGACGCUCAUCACGUCACUCAGACCGAUCGGGAACAUCGUCCUCAUCUGCUGUGCUUUUUUCAUCGUGUUUGGGAUUCUGGGGGUUCAGUUAUUCAAAGGGAAGUUCUUCCACUGCGAUGGCUACAACGUGACCAACGUCGCCAACAAAACUCAGUGCUUGGAUGCGGGACACCGUUGGCUCCGCAGGAAGUACAACUUUGACAACCUGGGACAGGCCUUGAUGUCUCUGUUUGUGCUGUCGUGUAAAGACGGCUGGGUCAGCAUCAUGUACGACGGCCUCGACGCGGUCGGCGUGGACCAGCAGCCGAUCCGCAACAACAACCCGUGGAUGCUGCUCUUCUUCAUCUCCUUCCUGCUCAUCGUCAGCUUCUUCGUGCUCAACAUGUUCGUGGGGGUGGUGGUAGAGAACUUCCACAAGUGCCGGCAGCAGCAGGAGGAGGAGGAGGCCAGGCUCCGGGAGGAGAAGCGACGGAGGCGUCUGGAGAAGAGGAGGCGCAAGGCCCUGGAGAAGCCAUACUACGCCGACUACUCUCCGCUGCGGCGCUCCAUCCACAGCGUGUGUACCAGCUAUUAUCUGGACCUCUUCAUCACCAUCAUCAUCUUGACCAACCUGCUCACCAUGAGCAUGGAGCACUACAACCAGCCCCAGUACCUGGUGGAGAUCCUCAAGUACUGCAACUACGUCUUCACGGUGGUGUUCGUCAUCGAGGCCAUCCUCAAGCUCAUCGCGUUUGGCCUCCGUCGCUUCUUUAAAGAAAGGUGGAACCAGUUGGACCUGGCCAUCGUGCUGCUGUCCAUCAUGGGAAUCACGCUGGAAGAGAUCGACCUGAACGCCUCGCUGCCCAUCAACCCCACCAUCAUCCGCAUCAUGAGGGUGUUGAGGAUCACGCGAGUUCUGAAGCUGCUGAAGAUGGCCACGGGAAUGCGAGCUCUGCUGGACACGGUCAUGCAAGCGCUGCCUCAGGUGGGGAAUCUGGGUCUGCUCUUCAUGUUGCUGUUCUUCAUCUAUGCAGCUCUGGGAGUUGAGCUCUUUGGAAAACUGGAGUGUUCCGAGGAGAACCCGUGCGAGGGCCUGAGCCGUCACGCCACCUUCGACAACUUCGGCAUGGCCUUCCUGACGCUCUUCCGAGUGUCCACCGGGGACAACUGGAACGGGAUCAUGAAGGACACCCUCCGCGACUGCCGCCCUGAGGACCGGCACUGCCUGACGUACCUGCCGCUGAUCUCGCCCGUCUACUUCGUCACGUUCGUGCUCACGGCGCAGUUCGUGCUGGUCAACGUGGUGGUGGCCGUCCUCAUGAAGCACCUGGAGGAGAGCAACAAGGAAGCCCAGCUGGAGGAGAUGGAGGAGAGGCGGGAGCGCGAGGAGGCCGCCCGCAGGAACAGCGCCGGCGCCGCGUCCGGGGACCCCGCGGCCCACAACGGUGACGGGCCCGCGCAGGUGCAGGUGGAGGAUGAGGAGCGUCGCCACGGCAAUCUGCUGACCAUCGGCCGCAUGCUGUCCCUCCCCAGCGACAGCUACAGCCAGCAGCCGCUCAGGUGCCCGCCGUACCCGCCGGUGGGCGUCGAAGCCUACUCGGCCUACAGCUACUCAGGCUCCGUGUCAUCGCUGGGCUCCAGCGGGGGCGGCUCCCUGCUGCAGGUCCCGGGCGCCCUCCCCGCCAUCAGCCACGCCUCGCUGGGCCACGGACGCAGCAGCCGCCCCGUCAUCCGGCUCAGUAGCUCCCAGAGCAUCGACCGGGGGUCGGCCCACCACGGCGGCCCGUCGCACCGACACCGACUGGACUCGGCUCACAGCGUGGACGGGAGCCGGUUCGGCCCCUCUCCGGUCGCCGACCGACGCCGGCUGAGCUCCACGCGCAGCAUGGAUGGAUACCGGGUCGGCGCGGAGAGGUCCGAGCUGGUCUCCAGCUGCAGUAUAGACAGACAUCCCUCGCUCAGGCUGAGUCCGCUGCACGGAGCUUCUCAUUGGCUGAGCCCCGAGGAGAGUCUGGAUCGCAACAAGCUGAGCCCCUCGUACGUCCCCGAGAGUUCGGUCCUCAAGAGGCCGGCGUCCUUCCGUGCUGCCGGUAGACCGCUGCGCAGACAAGAGGCCGUGCGUUGCGACUCUCUGGAACAGAGCGGCUCGUCCGACACAUUGUCGGACGCCCCCCUCGGCGGCGGCGCCGCCGCCACCACCACCCCAUCUUCUUUUACGCCGCCCCGCCAGCGCUCGUCCAGCGUCCACACCUUGAAGUACACUCAACCGCAGAGGGUCAUCUCAUGCCGGAGUCGCGGUGACACGGCGGCGUCGGAACCCGAGCCCGAGCCGGACCUAGCGGAAAAGGACUCGGUAGGGUUGGACCCCCAGGUGGGGGACGAGGCGGACGAGGAAGUGCGCCGCAUCAACACUCAAUCGCACAGACACCUCACGCCCAAUCCCGACGACGGCCACGGCCGCCUCAGCCAAUCGGUGUCGCCGGUGUUGGGCCGAAUUCGGAAGGAACGCGUGAGUCCGCCCCCGGGGCAGGAGCCAGUUACCAUGGCGACGCAGUUGAUGGACAGCAGCGUGGAACUCAGGAGGCGGACGCUGUCGUUCGACGCCACCACUCUGGCGACCAAUCAGCCCGAGUCCGGCUCUGUGGACGACUGACGUUCUUUGUCAUGUGCGCCAGGCCACGCCCCCUGCCUCGUCCUGGCCAGUCACAGGGUUUGUGCAUUCCAACUGGACCCCCACCCCCCCCCCCCGCCCCGUGCAGUUUGUUUUGUUUGCACGAGACGCACAACUUUCAAGUCUUAUAGCCUUUAGUGUACUUUGACCACAAGUCAACUUCCCUUUCGCUUGUUCUGUGCUCCUGCUUCCAUCCCACUUCUGCCUCAAGCCGAGGUCACAUUACCAAAACCGCUCAGAUUAAUCUGAAGGUUUUUUUGUAAUAUUUUGUCCCUCGUGGUCAAAACAAAAGUCUCCUCCAGGCUCCUCAUAACUUCUUAAUUGUCAGACAUGUGUAAAAAUGUGAUAAAACACUCAAGUCAUAACUUCAACAAUAUAUUUUUAACGACACCAAUGAAGUUAACUGGUCUUCCGAGUAAAAUUUAAUAUCAAUAAAAUACUGCCUUUAAUCAGUGAUGCUGCUUGUCAGAAAAGAAACCUGAAACGAACAUCCAAAUGCACAUAAAUUACUCUCUGAUCCAAAUUUAUUUAUUUAUUUAUUUUACAUUUAGCAUUUUUCUUAUUUAUUUAUCUAUUUAUUUAUUUAUUUGCGCAACCAUUCCCCCCCCUAUGGAAUAUGUAAUGUGACCUAGGCUUAAGCGGUCUCUACCUCUGCCCGGUUGAUCCCAUAGCGCCCCCACCCCAACCGCAAACACACACACACACACACACACACACACACACACCACACACACACACACACACACACACACAGUAAUUAUUCAAGUAUUCCCGCCUGAUGACUUUCACUUUUAUGGUUUUAUAUUCUCAGGGUAGAAAUAGUGUUAGACUGCCCCCUGCUGUGUGAAAUUGGACUCGAAUCACCUUUUUUUUUAGGGGGGGGGCUUCCACGUGACCGAAAAACGCAACAAUUUAUGCAAUGUGUAUCCUGCUCACUCAUUAGCGCCCUUUGGAUUGUUUAAAAAAAGAAAAGAAAAAAAGAGACAUUC